UUUAAACCUCAACUGUAAGUUCGCCGGCGUCGCCGCCGCCCGGCUCCGGUCACUGCUGUGCCCUGUCCGGGAAGGGUCGCCGAAGGCCCGCGGAGCCCAGCGGAGCUGCGCGUCGCCGAGUGCAGCGGGGGCCCGCCGGGAGCCGGAGGGCGUGGUAAAAACAAGUGACUAGAAAAGCUGAUCUUGGAGUCAUCUACUAUGGCACGGAGAAGAUUUGAUUGCCGGAGCAUUUCAGGCAUGUUAACAACAACUCCUCAGACUCCAAUCAAAAUGGAAAACUUCAACAAUUUCUAUACACUUACGUCUAAAGAGCUUGGGAGAGGAAAAUUUGCUGUGGUUAGACAGUGCAUAUCAAAAUCCACUGGCCAAGAGUAUGCUGCAAAAUUUCUCAAAAAGAGGAGACGAGGACAAGAUUGUCGAGCAGAAAUCCUACACGAGAUUGCUGUGCUUGAGCUGGCGAAGUCUUGUCCCCAUGUGAUUAAUCUUCACGAGGUCUAUGAAAAUACAAGUGAGAUCAUUUUGAUACUGGAAUAUGCUGCAGGUGGAGAAAUUUUCAACCUGUGUUUACCAGAGCUGGCUGAAAUGGUCUCUGAAAAUGACAUUAUCAGACUCAUUAAACAAAUACUUGAAGGAGUGUACUAUCUACAUCAGAAUAACAUUGUACACCUUGACUUGAAGCCACAGAAUAUAUUAUUAAGCAGUAUAUAUCCUCUUGGAGACAUAAAAAUUGUAGAUUUUGGAAUGUCUCGAAAAAUUGGGAAUACAUGUGAACUUCGGGAGAUCAUGGGAACACCAGAAUACUUAGCUCCAGAAAUCCUGAACUAUGAUCCCAUUACCACAGCAACAGAUAUGUGGAAUAUUGGUGUAAUUGCUUAUAUGUUACUAACUCAUACUUCACCAUUUGUGGGAGAAGAUAAUCAAGAAACAUAUCUUAAUAUUUCUCAAGUUAAUGUAGAUUAUUCAAAAGAAACUUUUUCAUCAGUUUCUCAGCUGGCCACAGACUUCAUCCAGAGCCUUCUGGUUAAAAAUCCAGAGAGCAGACCCACGGCGGAGACCUGCCUUGCUCACUCUUGGCUGCAGCAGUGGGACUUUGGAAGCUUGUUUCACCCUGAAGACACUUCCAGUUCCUCUCCAAUUCAGGAGCCUCCAGUGAGGUCCUCCGAAGAUAAGACUGCGAAAUCCUGUUGUAAUGGACCCUGUGGCGACCGGGAAGACAAAGAGAACAUUCCAGAGGACGGCACCAUGGUUUCCAAAAGGUUUCGCUUCGAUGACUCUUUGCCCAACCCCCAUGAACUUGUUUCGGAUUUGCUGUGUUAGCACUUUUCUCUCUGACUCAUUUGGACUGACUUUGGAAUUUGAAAUGCACUCCACUGAGAGAGAUUGUGGGUUGUAGCUUCAUAUAUGAUGUGUUUAUAUUGUAAAUGCACUUUUGCAUAGAAAAAUUUAAGGAAGCAUUUUUAAAAAUGCAAAAUUUCUAGUUGCUGGCAUAAUAUUAUUUCCUGUCUUGAGAUAACUCCAUAGAGAAAAUAUUUAAAUAUAUGACAAAAAAGUGAAAUUAUACAUGUGAGUUCACAUGGAAAUGAAUGAAUUCAAGUUCAAAUGAACUGAAAUUUUUUUUCAUAUCAGAAAAAAUGGUUUGGGUUAUAUUACGGUGGUUGUAAACUGAGCAAGUGGAGGCAUUGGAAGUGAACCAGCUCUGCCUCUAAGGCGAGGCCUGGGCUCUGUUGGCAGUUUAUUUAGAACAGUCUCAGUUUUAAGGCAAAAUAUAUAUGACUUUAUAGAUGUCCCGGGGCAUUUUACAACCGAAAAUGUUUUUCAAUUAUAAACAUUUUAAAGCUGCA